UUGUGCCGGGGAACGUCUUGCGCGUGCGGCCGGGGCGGCGCCGUUCCCUUGUUCGCCAUUCUUGCCCGGGAGCCUGGAGCACCGCACGCACUUACCGCACAGGCACCUGUAAUCCCCGCCGAAAAGCCCAGAGGAGCUUUAGAGGGCUCCUCUCCCCUGGGCUAUGUCUCCUUUCCUGAUGAUGUCAUUUCCUGCCCCCCCCCAGACAUGGCUGAGGAUGACGUGACCCCGGAGCAGCUCGCAGCCAUCGCCGCCGAAAACGAGGAGCCGGAGCCCGUCAACUACCGCCCCCCCGCCCAGAAGUCCGUUAGGGAGAUCCAGGAGCUGGACAAGGACGACGAGAGCCUACGCAAAUACAAAGAGGCCCUGCUGGGGCCGGGGAUGUCUCUGAUGUGUGAAGCUGCCCCUAACCCGCUGGUCCUGGACCUGCAGGGAGACCUGGAAGCCUUCAAGAAGCAGGCGUUUGUUCUGAAGGAGGGAGUGGAGUACAAAAUAAAGAUCAGCUUUAAGGUCAACAGGGAGAUCGUCUCAGGCCUGAAGUACGUCCAGCAGACCUUCAGGAAAGGAAUGAAGAUCGACAGGUCGGACUACAUGGUGGGCAGCUACGGGCCCCGGCGGUGCGAGUACGAGUUCCUGACCAGCCUGGAGGAGGCUCCCCGGGGGCUGCUGGCCCGAGGGCACUACGUCAUCCGCUCCCGCUUCACCGACGACGACCAGCACGACCACCUGAGCUGGGAGUGGAACCUCAACAUCAAGAAGGACUGGACCGACUGA